CCGGCAAUACACGUGAGGUUCAAAAUUUUUAUUGGUUAUAUCAUUUUAUAGAAAUGUACAAUGAUAACAAAAUAUUCAAAAUAAUAAAUAGGUAUUAAUAUUUAAAAAUUCUGUGUAGUGUGUAUCUUCGAACAACUAACAAUUAUAAACUAACAAAAAUUCAACCAAGACUUUUAAGCAUGGGGUCCGUUGCAGAAUUCAAAAAAUUAUUCGAAAAAUUUUUACAGGAAAAUAAAUGUCCAACUGGAGAAAUUGUGAAAAAGAAAUAUUAUUUUCCUGUUGAUCAGUUAAAAACAAUUUACACAUCUAUGCUUACAACUACAAAUAUACAAUGGUCACAAUUUCAACAAUUAUUAACAAAUUAUGUUGAAUAUUUGGACUUUUGUUAUUACUCGUGGGAAUGUUUUUCAUCAAUUGUACAACAUUUAAAUACAGACAAAACAAAUGUAUACAUGUUUACAAAUCUUUUAGGAUUUAUUAAAAUUCCCACUGAAAAAAAAGAAGAUGAUAAAUUUUUAUUUAAAAAUAACAAACGUCCUCAAUUCAAAUAUAAUUUUGAACAAUUGAAAUCAUGGGUUACAGUAGUUUGGGAUGAUAUGAAACCUUUCAUGUUAUCCAAUAUUAAAAUUAGACGAGAAAUGUUAACAUUGUUGAUUGAAAAAAUGUUAAUGCACUUAAAUAAUCCGCUGGUAACUGCAGACUUUCUCAUGGAUUCGUUGGAUACUCCUGGUCCCAUUGCAAUAUUAGGCCUUCAAGGCAUUUUUAUUUUGGUCAAGGAUUAUAAUUUAGAAUGUCCAAAUAUUUAUGGGAAGCUUUACAACUUUUUUACAACAGAUAUGUUUAAUUAUCGAUAUAAAACCAGAUUGUUUUAUUUGGCUGAUAUAUUUCUUCGUUCAACUCAUUUACCUGAACUGCUGGUUGCUGCAUUUGUCAAACGCAUGGCUAGACUUUCAUUGAUUGCACCACCAACUGAUAUACAAAUUAUGGCAGCAUUUAUAGGAAAUUUACUAAUUAGACACCCACCGUUAAAAGUAUUGAUCCAAAGCGAUCUUAUUGUUGGUUCGGAUCCUUAUAUUUUUGAAGAAAAAGAUCCGCUAAAAUCAAAUGCACUAGACAGCUCAUUAUGGGAACUUCUCUCUUUAAAACAACACAUUCUACCAAAAGUGGGAAAAUCUGUUAACUUUUUAUUUAAAAAAUUGCCACAAGUAGAAUGGGACAUGAGUGAAUUAUUAGACAACUCUUAUGAAAGUAUUAUUGAUGAAGAAUACAAGACGGACUUUCAAAAAGUGAGCUUAACAUAUGAAAAACCUGUUUCAUUUUCUGUUCCACUAUCCAAUCAUAUGGAUGAUUUAUGGACUUUAGAUGAUUAAAUUAAACUAUGUUAUUUUGAUGCGUGUAUAUUAUUCAAUAUAUGUUAUAAUUUUUCAUAAAACUGUACCAAUUAAGUUUCUUCACCACAGAGCUUAAUUCAAAACAACUACCAAAAACAUAAAUUUUACUGGACACAAUUUUUGGAGGGUUUGGGGCAAACAUGUAGUAAUAUUGAUUUCGAGCAGACUUCACAGAAAACUUAUCUAUUUUCAGAUACUGGUAUGUUAUAAAUAAAAUUCUUACAUAGUAGGGGUAAACUGUCGUGUAAGUGGACAGUGGAAUAUUCCUGAUGUAAAAAUGUAAAAUAACAAUAUGUUAAUCAUUAUAAAUAACUUUUCAAAGUAAAUUAAAUUUACUUUUCAUUAAAAAUAAAAAAAUUAUUAUUACA